UGUCGCCGAGUCCCCCCCCCCCCUCUUUCCCAAAACCCCCGCCUUUGUUCUCGCCGAGAGGCGCCACCACCCCCGCCAUGGAGGCGCCCAGACCCCGUCCCGGGCAGGUGACUUUUGAGGACGUGGCGGUCUAUUUCUCCCGGGAAGAAUGGGAAGAGUUAAGCGAGUGGCAACGGGAGCUCUACCAAGCGGUGAUGAUGGAGAAUUACGAGGCGGUUCUGUCCUUGGCAGGACCCCUGCCCGUCAAGCCACGGAUUAUCAACCAAAUUGAACGGAAGGAGGACGUGGUCACGGGAGAAUUGUGGAAGCCGUGUGAAUGGACAGAUGCCCGAGGCCAGUGGCUGGAAGAUGGCAUUCGGAUGGUGGAUGAUGGCGAUGAAGGCAGAGUGGAGACCAGGCCCCCUGCGAUGCCUACCGAGAAAAGGAAGAAAGGCCGCCCCCGGACCGCCAACCCAGUCCCCAAACCCCAAAGCAAAGCUUCUCCCCGGGUGACUCUGAAGAUGAACCCGCCAAAGUGUCCCGAAUGCGGUAAAAGCUUCCUCAGCAAUGUGGCCAUGACCAUUCACAUCCGGACCCACACCGAGGAACGCCCAUUCAAAUGCCACCUCUGCCCCAAGGCUUUCCCCUCCCGGGGGGAUCUCAAAAGGCACAUCAAAACACACCUGCGUAAGAAGCCGCUGCCGCCAAUGAUGCCCCGCAGCGGUUCCUCGAAAAAGAGCUUGGCGGCCAAGAUGCAGCUGCAGUGUCAACUGCGCUGCCCACCGGAUCCGAAGAAACCAUACAGCUGCACGGAGUGCGGGAAGAGCUUCAACAAGAAGCAGAGCCUGCGGAAACAUCAGGGGACGCACUCCACGGAACGGCCCUUCGCCUGCCUGGAGUGCGGACGCAGCUUCCGGCUCAAGCAGAUCCUGGUGGCGCACAUGGCCUCGCACAUCAAGGAGCGCCCCUUCGCUUGCGAUCAGUGCGGGAAGCGCUUUGCCCAGGAACGAAAUGUGCGCAGCCACCAGCGAGUGCACACUGGCGAGAAACCCUUCCUGUGUAUGGCGUGUGGGAGGCGCUUCGGCUACAAACAGCACCUGGUCAAGCACCUGCGCUUCCACACCGGCGAGCGACCCUACAGCUGCCCUGAGUGCGGGAAGACCUUUCGAGACAAAACCACGCUGAACAUCCACUACCGCAUGCACACCGGGGAGCGGCCUUACCGGUGCCCGUUCUGCAGCAAGACCUGCCGGCAGAAGCAACACCUCAACAGUCACCUGAAGGUCCACCGUGGGGAGAAGCUACCCCCAGGGGACACUACUGGGGUCACCUUGCAAAGGGCCCGUGCCAAGGAGAAGCCGUAUGAGUGUCCGCAGUGUCAGAAGCGCUUCCGGAACAAGAACAUCAUGCUGGUACACCAGAAGACCCACAAAGAGGAACCGUUGCCACGAAGCGCCCCACUACGGAGAAAGUGGGAUCCAAUUGUGGCAGAUAGAAAGGCCCCCAGGGCAGGCCAAGGGGCAGGGAGGAAGAGGAAGGAUGCGGGGAUCAACUCGGAGACGGGGUCCCUCUCAUCGAAGAUGGUUCCCGUUAGCUGCCCCGACUGCGGGCGGCGGUUCACGCAGAAGAAGUACCUGACGCUGCAUCAGAGGAGCCACAGGUGAGGAGGUGCUGCUUCCUGUUAGAAUCUCAUCUUUGGCAAAGACCCUUGGAUAGUGCGUGCCACGAGAAUUGCUGGAGAAGAACCUUUUGCAUGGCAGCCACCCAGUUUGGGAUGCGUUCCGCGCAGAACUGUGUAGACUCAGCGCUGCGAGAAAAAUCUCUAUUGCAGACGGCGGAACUGUUUCAUCUGCAGCACUGCUCAGAAAGGAAGCCCCAUUUUCUCCAGGACUAAAAUCCUCCAGCUUUUACUCCUGCCCUUUUGAGUCAAGGGACAGCCAUCUGUUCUUCUCCUGGUCUUGAGAGCAGAUGGACAUUUCUGUGGGUUUCAGCCUGUGUGUGUGUGUGUAUCUCAGCUGAGCAACCAUGACCAUCAUGACAAGCCUGGAAUGGGGAAAUCAUAGUUUUCGCACUGUGACACCCUUCAGAAGGGUGUCACACUUAGUGCGAAAGACCCCCAAAAUCCAAAUGAGAACAUUGUCCCACUCGAUUUGUCAAAUGUUAAUGGCGGACCCAGUGGUGUUUAUCCCUAAAUACAGGUGAUCUUUGGCAUACAGCAUACAUUAAUGACAACGGGACUGAAAAGGUAGGCUCACUUACGACCCUUGCAGCGUCUCCAGGGUCGCGUGAUCAAAAUUCAGACUCUGGGCAACGGGUUCAUAUUUAUGACUUUCAGUGUCCCAAGGUCACGUGAUCCCUCUUUAUGGCCACCUGACCUGCACAGUCAAGGGCAAACCCAGAUUCAUUUAACAACCAUGUUAUUAACUGAACCACCGUUAUUCAGUUAACAACGGUGGCAAGAAAGAUUGUCG